AUGGGUACGUACAAGACAGAAAGCAACGGUGAUAAUCAAUACCUAAGACCUUUCCCAUCCACAAAUGCUCCCUUAAACCACAACAGGAAAUCGAGAAGCUUAGUCAAUGCACUUCUCGAAGAGGUCAACCAAUCACCCAUCUCUCAAGAACCGAACUCCAAUAAGUUUAUGAGAAGACGCCAAAAAUCUGAAGCAGACUUUUUAUCCCGGACUCCAGAGCUUCUGUUGAAAGAAGAGAAGAACAGUAGCAGCAACGGCGGGUUUUUACCAAUAGGAGGAAAAGGCUUAGCUUUGAGAUCGAAAGCCUCAAGUAGAACUAACCUAUCAGCAGAAUCUGAGACUUGUAAUUUCUAUCCGGUACCAAUCAACUUGAUGGUGGAAGCUCCAGUUUCAGACAGCUUUUCCAGUGUAAGAAAAUCGUCUAGCGCAUCUAGUCUACAAGAUCCAGGCGGUAACAGUAAUAACGGUUCAUCAUCACUGUCUCUAUGGUCGACUUCAAAAUGGAGUUUGAAACCUGAUUUGCUUACACCUGCGGCUAUUACAAGCUCAAUCUUUGAUGGAUUACCAAAGCCAUUAACUGGUCGGAGAAACAAAACGGCUAUGGAUUAA